CAUAAUAAUUAAUAUGAUUAAAAUGGAUAAAGUUUCGGUACUAUUUUGCUCCUUGUAUGUUCUAGUGUUGACGCCAUAUUCUAUGGCUAUGACAGCGGACCAGAAGGAUAUGGUAAAUCAUCAUUUACAUGAAAUAAGCAAGAAGUGUAUGAAAGACAACCCUAUAACAGUAGAGGACAUGACCGCGUUCAAAAGUGAGAAAAUGCCUACUGGGCCUAAUGUGGCUUGUUUCUUAGCCUGCACAUACAAAUCUUCCGGUGUUAUGGACAGCAACGGUAUGCUCAAGGAGGAAACAAUGCGUGAAAUGUCAAAGUCUGUGUUACACGAUCCUGAGGAAUUGAAGCACAUGGAGGGCUUCCUGCGUUCCUGUUCUCACAGUCAGUAUAUCCAUAAGUUAUAA